AGAAGGAGGCGGAGGAGGGAGCGCUGGGCCCCCGGCCGCCGUGGCCGGCUCGGCCUGCCCUUUGUGCCCGCAGCCCGCGCCCCGCGCCGAUGGCCGCCGCGCCGGGCUUCCUGGCCGCUCGCGCCCGCACGCGGACCUAACCCCGAGCGCCUGGGAUGCGCCGGGGAUGCGCGUCCUCCGGCCCUGCGGCUCCUCGCGGCUGGGCGCCGGGCGAUGGAGCUAAGCAUGAAGAAGUUCACGGUGCGCAGGUUCUUCUCCGUGUACCUGCGCAAGAAGUCGCGCUCCAAGAGCUCCAGCCUUAGUCGACUCGAGGAAGAAGGCAUCGUCAAGGAGAUUGACAUCAGUCACCAUGUGAAAGCAGGAUUUGAAAAAGCCGACCCUUCCCAGUUUGAACUGUUGAAAGUUUUGGGACAAGGGUCCUACGGAAAGGUGUUCCUGGUGAGGAAGGUCAAGGGCUCGGACUCUGGGCAGCUCUACGCAAUGAAGGUUCUUAAGAAGGCCACCUUGAAAGUUCGGGACAGAGUCAGAUCGAAGAUGGAGAGAGACAUUUUGGCAGAAGUGAAUCACCCUUUCAUUGUAAAGCUUCAUUAUGCCUUCCAGACGGAGGGAAAACUCUAUCUGAUUCUGGACUUCCUGCGUGGAGGGGACCUCUUCACCAGGCUCUCCAAAGAGGUGAUGUUCACGGAGGAGGAUGUCAAGUUCUACCUGGCUGAGCUGGCCUUGGCUUUAGACCACCUGCACGGUCUGGGAAUCAUCUACAGAGACCUGAAGCCAGAGAACAUCCUCCUGGACGAAGAGGGACAUAUUAAGAUCACAGAUUUUGGGCUGAGUAAGGAGGCCAUCGACCACGACAAGAGAGCCUACUCGUUCUGCGGGACCAUCGAGUACAUGGCGCCCGAGGUGGUGAACCGGCGCGGCCACACGCAGAGCGCGGACUGGUGGUCCUUCGGCGUGCUCAUGUUCGAGAUGCUCACGGGCUCGCUGCCUUUCCAGGGGAAGGACAGGAAGGAGACGAUGGCCCUCAUCCUCAAAGCCAAGCUGGGCAUGCCGCAGUUCCUCAGCCUGGAGGCCCAGAGUCUGCUGAGAGCUCUCUUCAAACGGAACCCCUGCAACCGGCUGGGUGCUGGCCUGGACGGCGUGGAGGAGAUCAAACGCCACCCUUUCUUUGUCACCAUCGACUGGAACAAGCUGUACAGGAAGGAGAUCAAGCCGCCCUUCAAGCCGGCAGUGGGCAGGCCGGAGGACACCUUCCACUUCGACCCCGAGUUCACGGCGAGGACGCCCACAGACUCACCUGGCGUCCCCCCGAGCGCCAACGCGCAUCACCUGUUCAGAGGAUUCAGUUUUGUGGCCUCCAGCCUGGUCCAGGAGCCCUCGCAGCAAGAUGUGCACAAAGCCACCGUGAACCCCAUCGUGCAGCAGCUACACGGGAACAACAUCCACUUCACCGACGGCUAUGAGAUCAAGGAGGACAUCGGGGUGGGCUCCUACUCCGUGUGCAAGCGCUGUGUGCACAAAGCCACGGACGCCGAGUACGCCGUGAAGAUCAUUGAUAAGAGUAAAAGAGACCCCUCGGAAGAGAUCGAGAUCCUCCUGCGGUACGGCCAGCACCCCAACAUCAUCACCCUCAAAGACGUGUAUGACGACGGGAAGUUUGUGUACCUGGUGAUGGAGCUGAUGCGUGGCGGGGAGCUGCUGGACCGCAUCCUGCGGCAGAGGUACUUCUCGGAGCGGGAGGCCAGCGACGUGCUGUGCACCAUCACCAAGACCAUGGACUACCUCCACUCCCAGGGGGUGGUCCAUCGGGACCUGAAACCAAGCAACAUCCUGUAUGUGGACGAGUCUGGAAACCCCGCAUCCAUCCGCAUCGCUGACUUCGGGUUUGCCAAGCAGCUGCGAGCGGAGAACGGGCUGCUGAUGACUCCCUGCUACACGGCCAACUUCGUCGCCCCGGAGGUCCUGAAGCGGCAAGGCUACGAUGCGGCGUGUGACAUCUGGAGCCUGGGGAUCCUGCUGUACACCAUGCUGGCGGGAUUUACCCCUUUUGCAAACGGACCAGAUGAUACUCCUGAGGAUAUCUUGGCAAGAAUUGGCAGUGGGAAGUACGCCCUUUCUGGAGGAAACUGGGAUUCCAUAUCUGAUGCAGCAAAGGACGUCGUGUCCAAGAUGCUCCACGUGGACCCUCACCAGCGCCUGACGGCCGUUCAGGUCCUCAGGCACCCGUGGGUUGUGAACAGAGAGCACCUGUCCCCAAACCAGCUCAGCAGACAAGACGUCCACCUGGUGAAGGGAGCGAUGGCCGCCACCUACUUCGCCCUGAACAGAGCCCCCCAGGCGCCACGGCUGGAGCCCGUGCUGUCGUCCAGCCUGGCCCAGCGGCGGGGCAUGAAGAGACUCACGUCCACGCGGCUGUAGCCCCGCCUGGCACCCGCUCGCCCUGCGCCUUCUCGUGCAGCCAGAGAGGGGCCCGACGGGUGCCCUCCCGACGCCUGGCCGCCGACCUUGCCGCCCCCGCCCCCAGCCAACCGGACGGCGUCCUUCCGCCGCGGCCCGUGCUGAGCCCUGGAGGCUCCUGCAGGCCCGUGGUCUUGCACGGCCGUGGCUUAUGUUUCUACGGAGAGAUGUUUUUCCCAGUCAGUAAUCUGGUCCGAUUUCCAGCACAUGCGGCCCAGAUGUCAUGGUAUGAAGGUGACAGUUUCGGCAGAGCCCCGGGGGCCCGGCUUCUGCGCCUCGGCCCCUUCCCGCGGCUGAGUGGCUGGUGGGCACAGGGCACCCAGGAGCAGACGCCUGGUCCCUCCAGACGAUCCAAAGAGCCCUCGUCGCGUGGCUCCCGCGUGGGGCCGCGCCCCGUGUUCUCCCCUGUCUCUCACAGGUCUGGUGGGUGAGGCCGCCCCAGAAGCAGGAGCGGCGUCUUCUCCACAGUGGCCACAUGUCACAGGAAUCACUCGUGUCCCAGAAGGGGCCGGCCAAAGCCUGUGCCCACGUUUCCUCGUUCCCCGAGGGCUGCGGAGUGGCCGCUCCACACUCCUGCCCCCGCUCUCGGGUCACUGAGGCCGCCCCAUGCGUCCGAGAGGGCCUGGGCUCCCCGAGUGCUGGCUUUCCCCUUUCUGGUCCACGGGAGCACCACGGCCGUG